AUGGUGCAACGGAGGUAUAAAGUGCCACCAUCGUUCAGCUGCUCACAUACAACGCCCGGUUCGAGUCCCCUACCGCUGAUUCAUUUCGAUGCAUUCAUUAGUUAUUCGAAGAAGGAUGAAAAACUUAUCAUCGAGACACUCUGCAGGCAACUCGAGUCGGAGGAGUACGUCCUGUGUCUGCUGCACAGAGAUGGCCCGAACUAUAACUCCCGAGUGCACGCUGUGUCCGACGAGCUUAUCAAUCAAAUGGAAUGCGCACAAUCACUUAUACUUGUCCUGACACAGUACUUCCUGGGUAAUGAAUGGAGGACACUACAGAUAAAAACAUCACAUCAAAUAUUUGCCAAAAAUCGUCAUAAAAAGCUCAUUGCGCUGCUGGGCGAUGGAAUUGAGCCGAAUCAACUGGAUGCUGAGUUAGGACAAAUUCUACGUAAGAAUACUUGUAUUCGAAUGAAUGAUCCAUUGUUCUGGAAUCUACUACACUCAGCAUUGCCCGUCCGGAUAGCUGCAUCAACGUGCAGCGGCGGCUCAUCACAGAUCUAUUCCGAUUGUUACGGUAGUAUUGUACCUAGUGAUAUUGUCUGA